AUGAGGAGUAACGAUGCCUUGAAAUGGAAGGAUAUUGAAUUGUAUAUGGUGAAAAAUCCCGACAAUCCGACAUGCCAGGUGCUCCUCAUGAGAGUCACACAUAGGCUUAACAAAGGCAAGAGGAACAAAGGCGUACCGUACCAACGGAACGAUAACCUGGGCCUUUGUGUUAUUCAGGAUAUUCUUGAAUAUGCCUUUCUCGAUAAUGCUUUUGCUAGCGAGCGCAUUAAAUGUCCGCGAGAUAUUUGGAACCUCACAGAGGUCCCGGAACACCGGCUUAGUACCACUAUUCACUUCAAAGAGGCUGUCAAAGAAAUUCCAAUCUUUAGAAGAGCUGUGAAGAAUGGAGGGGGUCUUUGGAUCACCGAUCCACGACGCGCACUCAAUUUUGGCACGGCGCUAGAAUAUGAAAAGUCUACAAGCAUUUCAGCUGGGUCCAAACAAAAAGGAACUUUUUGCAAAUAUCGGAAAGGGGCUGCUGCCAAUUUAAGGCAUCUGGAUGAACAUUCACGGAACGUCAUAAUGGGACAUCAGCGGAGCGGUACAUUUGCCUACUAUGUCUCUGUCAGAGAUGAUACUCAAUCUGCCUUUAUGGAGACCCCUGCUAGAGAUGCCCUACUCAAGCUUGCCUGCAACUCAAGCCUAACACGGGAUGCAUCCGCACCUCAGCAUCUCACAGAGCCACAGAGGAGGUCCCUUGAAAACGACAAGGAGCUCGAUCAAUUGAAACGAGAGUGUCAAGCACUUCGGAACGACCUAAUUGCUGAAUUCCAUCAACUAAAUAAAGCAAAAUGUGCUGAUGCUGGACGAUAUAACGCAUUUCUCAUCCUUCAAAGGAGAGUCAAGGCUCGAAGGAAGAAAAUUCAUGACGAGGCGAAGGAAAGAGUCCGCAACGAGUUUUUUGAGAACAUUGGGAACCACAUUAUCGACCAAAAAUACCAGGGAACAUCAGUGAAAUUCCAACCGGACACGUCACAUAUACAGCCGGAAAGGAAACAGCUCGCAGAACUUGAAUUCAAGAACAGAGAUGUUGACAACAUUGAUGAUGCAGAGUUGAUUGAAGACCGGAUCCGGUCACUAGAGCUACGACUACGACUUCACGGACUCCAUGUACCGAAGUCCUUGCGAAAGCGAGUAAAAUUUGAGUCCAUGCCGGCUAUCAAGACUGAACCGCAACCAUUCCCAAUGAAGAGCGUCACCGGCCUUGAAUGUCCAGUAUGCUUAGGGGUAACCGAUAUACAUCCCACGGCAAAGCAAUUUCGAUAUUCCCGGAAGAACGGACUGCAAAAGCAUUUUAGGACCCAUAAGCUUCCACAAAUCCUUCCGAAUGGUCGUCAGUGCGAUAUUCCUGGCUGUUCUGAAGUGCUGUUUAGACUUCCAGAGUACAUGCUGCACCAAGCGGAGUGCCACAAAAUCAUCCUUUAG